GCGCGCCGGGUGCUGUCCUUCCGCGCCUAGCAGCCGUGGGCACAGCAUCCCUGGCUGGGGGCGCAGGCAGCUCCCUCCUCUCCCCUCUGUCUGUCUGGCUCUUUCUUUCUCUUUCUCGCUGUCUCCCCGGCCAUCCCCCCCUCCCUCCCUCCAUCCGCCAUCCAGACACCCCGCAGGAGAGUCUGGAUCAUCCAGGCUGAGACGCCGAAGCUGCCAAGAUGGGGUAUGGCCGCUCAGAUAGCUACCGCGUGGCAACCACGCAAGACAAACAUGACGAGAAGAGCUCGCCCAAGAAGGGCAAAAUGGCAAAGGCCCGAGAUCUUGAUGAUCUUAAGAAGGAAGUGGCGAUGACAGAGCACAAAAUGUCCAUUGAAGAGGUGUGCCGGAAAUACAACACAGACUGUGUGCAGGGUCUGACCCACAGCAAAGCCCAAGAGAUCCUGGCCCGAGAUGGCCCCAACGCACUCACCCCACCACCCACCACUCCCGAAUGGGUCAAGUUUUGCCGCCAGCUCUUUGGGGGCUUCUCCAUCCUCUUGUGGAUUGGCGCCAUCCUCUGCUUCUUGGCCUAUGGUAUCCAGGCAGGGACUGAGGACGAUCCAGCCAAUGACAACUUGUACCUUGGUAUCGUCUUGGCCGCUGUCGUCAUCAUCACCGGCUGUUUCUCCUACUAUCAAGAAGCCAAGAGCUCCAAGAUCAUGGAGUCUUUCAAGAACAUGGUGCCCCAGCAAGCCCUGGUGAUCCGGGAAGGUGAGAAGAUGCAGCUCAAUGCAGAAGACGUGGUGGUUGGGGACCUGGUGGAGGUGAAAGGAGGAGACAGAGUCCCAGCUGAUCUCAGGAUCAUCUCCGCCCAUGGCUGCAAGGUGGACAACUCCUCCUUGACUGGUGAAUCGGAGCCACAGACCCGAUCCCCAGAUUGCACACAUGACAAUCCCCUGGAGACCAGGAAUAUCACUUUCUUCUCUACCAACUGCGUGGAAGGCACAGCACGUGGGGUCGUAGUUGCCACCGGAGACCGCACAGUGAUGGGCCGAAUUGCCACAUUAGCCUCGGGCCUGGAGGUUGGCAAGACCCCCAUUGCUAGAGAGAUUGAACACUUCAUCCAGCUGAUCACAGGCGUGGCUGUCUUCUUGGGGGUCUCCUUCUUCGUCCUCUCCCUGAUUCUGGGCUACUCCUGGCUAGAGGCUGUCAUCUUCCUCAUCGGCAUCAUUGUGGCCAACGUCCCUGAAGGGCUUCUGGCUACUGUCACCGUAUGUCUGACCCUGACGGCCAAGCGCAUGGCCCGCAAGAACUGCUUGGUGAAGAACUUGGAGGCUGUGGAGACCCUGGGCUCUACCUCCACCAUCUGCUCAGACAAGACGGGGACCCUGACUCAGAACCGCAUGACCGUCGCCCACAUGUGGUUUGACAACCAGAUCCAUGAGGCCGAUACCACCGAGGACCAGUCUGGCACGGCCUUUGACAAGAGCUCUCUCACCUGGGUAGCCCUGUCCCACAUUGCAGGGCUUUGCAACCGAGCUGUCUUCAAGGGGGGUCAGGAGAAUGUGCCCAUCCUCAAGCGUGAUGUGGCAGGAGACGCUUCUGAGUCAGCCCUUUUGAAAUGCAUUGAGCUCUCCUCUGGAUCUGUCAAGCUCAUGAGGGAGAAGAACAAGAAAGUGGCGGAGAUCCCCUUCAACUCCACCAACAAAUACCAGCUCUCUAUCCACGAGACGGAGGAUCCCAAUGAUAACCGCUACCUGCUGGUGAUGAAAGGCGCACCCGAGCGCAUCCUGGACCGAUGCUCCACCAUCCUGUUCCAGGGCAAAGAGCAGACCCUCGACGAGGAGAUGAAAGAAGCUUUCCAGAAUGCCUACUUGGAGCUGGGAGGCCUUGGCGAGAGGGUGCUGGGUUUCUGCCACUUCUACAUGCCUGAGGAGCAGUACCCCAAAGGUUUUGCUUUUGACUGCGAUGACGUCAACUUUACCACCGAGAACCUCUGCUUCGUCGGGCUCAUGUCCAUGAUUGAUCCACCCCGGGCUGCUGUGCCUGAUGCUGUGGGAAAAUGCCGAAGUGCUGGCAUUAAGGUGAUCAUGGUAACAGGUGACCAUCCCAUCACAGCCAAGGCCAUUGCCAAAGGUGUGGGCAUUAUCUCUGAGGGCAACGAGACGGUGGAAGACAUUGCUGCUCGACUCAACAUCCCCGUCACCCAGGUCAACCCAAGGGAUGCCAAAGCCUGUGUGAUCCAUGGCACGGACUUGAAGGACAUGACCGCAGAGCAGAUAGAUGAGAUCCUACAGAACCACACAGAGAUCGUCUUCGCUCGCACCUCCCCACAGCAGAAACUUAUCAUUGUGGAAGGCUGCCAGAGACAGGGUGCCAUUGUGGCAGUAACAGGUGACGGAGUGAACGACUCCCCUGCCCUGAAGAAGGCUGACAUUGGGGUAGCCAUGGGCAUUGCUGGCUCCGAUGUCUCCAAGCAGGCUGCUGACAUGAUCUUGCUAGAUGACAACUUUGCCUCUAUUGUCACAGGAGUUGAAGAGGGACGCCUGAUCUUUGACAAUCUGAAGAAAUCCAUUGCCUACACCUUGACCAGCAACAUCCCCGAGAUCACCCCUUUCCUGCUCUUCAUCAUGGCCAACAUCCCCCUGCCCCUGGGCACCAUCACCAUCCUCUGCAUUGACUUGGGUACUGACAUGGUGCCAGCCAUCUCCUUAGCUUAUGAAGCAGCGGAGAGUGACAUCAUGAAGCGACAGCCAAGAAACCCCAGGACUGACAAGCUGGUGAAUGAGAGGCUGAUCAGUAUGGCUUAUGGGCAAAUUGGAAUGAUCCAGGCCCUGGGUGGUUUCUUCUCCUACUUUGUGAUCCUGGCGGAGAAUGGCUUUCUCCCAUCUGUGCUGGUUGGAAUCCGUCUGAAUUGGGAUGACCGGACAGUCAAUGACCUGGAGGAUUCAUACGGGCAGCAGUGGACCUACGAGCAGCGCAAAGUGGUGGAAUUCACGUGCCACACGGCCUUCUUUGUCAGCAUCGUGGUGGUGCAGUGGGCCGACUUGAUCAUCUGUAAAACCCGAAGGAAUUCCGUCUUCCAGCAGGGCAUGAAAAACAAGAUCCUUAUUUUUGGUCUCUUUGAGGAGACUGCCUUGGCCGCCUUCCUGUCCUAUUGUCCUGGCAUGGAUGUGGCACUGAGAAUGUAUCCCUUGAAGCCUAGCUGGUGGUUCUGCGCCUUCCCAUACAGUUUCCUUAUUUUUGUGUAUGAUGAAAUCCGUAAACUCAUACUGCGCCGUAAUCCAGGAGGUUGGGUGGAGAAGGAAACCUACUACUGAGGCUCUUCCCUUGUCCAUGGCUGGUUGUCUCCCCUGCAAGGGGGACACUUCUCCCCUCUGAAAUCCUGCCUACCCCCCUGAUUACGAGAGCGACCGUAAGGCCGGGAUCAUAUCCUCGGACAUAGAAACCGCCCACCCAGCUGCCCACCCCAUUCCCCCAGCCUGGACGGCUGAGAUGGGGACUCUGCCCCCCCCCCGCCAUUCGGCAUGCAUGUCCCAGGCUGGGGGUGGGGGAGGGAAGUGCCCCCUCCCCCAGCCCUCUGCCAUAUUCUUCCUUUUCUUUUUGUUUGUUUAGGAGCAGUCGGGGGCGGGGGGGGAUGUGUGCCAGAGGCAAAAGGGGAGAUGGGGCACGAUUUCUUUACCUCUUCCCCCUCCCCACUUCAGAUUCCCUCCCUUAGCUGGGAUUGAACCCGGGGACCAGCAGCACCCCAGAACAACAAUGCCUCGGAUCUGUGAGCCAAAGUCGGGGGGGGAGGGGGGUUACUCUCAUCCAGUUAGUAGUAGUAGUAAGAAAUAUGACCCCAGUUUGGGGAGCUGAUGGCUCCUCCCUCCCCCUGCCCCCCCCCCAGUGAUUCUCCAGUCUGUUUCCCACCCGCCCCUCCUAGGAACAUAGGCGUGUGUGCUUGUGUGUGCCUGAGGGGGAUACAGGCUGGCCACGGGUUUGCCCCACGGCCCAACUAAGACCCCUGGCCUUCCCCCUGCUCACAACUUUCUGGUGUGUGUGCGUGUGUGUGCGUGUGGUGCUCGAGCACAAAGGGGAAAGGACCCACCAAGAACAAAAAGCACCAGGAUCUCUUGUUUCCCCCUCCCCAGCUGACCCACCCCACUCUCUGCCUCAGACUCCUACUAGAGGUGUCAGUGAAGCCCAGGAGCUCUGGAGCACGUUCUCCUGUGCAUGUACAGAAUGGCUCUGAAAGGACCAAGACUGCAGCUUCUUCCUUCCUACUUACCUACCCCUCCGUGUGUGUGGGGUGGGUGGGUGAGGGGGCACUGUUACCUUCCUAUCCCAAAACAACAUAUAGAGGGGAAAGAGGAAGCUCCUGGCUGUGUUCCCAUUGGUGCUUACCACCACCAUCAUCUGCCCCCCCCACCUUGGGUCAGCCAUGUUCCUGGGCUCCUGGUCCACCCCACAGUAUAGAGCAGAGGCGGCCUCAGCCAUAAUCUCCUCUUCAGGAGAACAUCUGCCCUUCCCUCAUCUUUCCUGGGGAGGGAGCUCUCUGCCUCUUUAUGGGGUGAGAUGGCUUCACCUCUCUGCCCCCACCAUCACCCUUUAUUUUCUUUGUGUUUUGUGGGGGGGAGGCGAAGGGAAACAGGAGAGACCCAUGCCGCAGGAGGUGCAGUCUAUCCUGUCCUAUCUAUCUUCUCCUUCCCGUUUCGGGAUCGUGUUGUCGUGUGAACCAACCAAAACAAGGAAAAAACAAAAAAGAUUUAACAAAUAAAAACCAGAAGUGGAAUAUUUAA